GCUUCAAGGUUCGAUGUAUUUUUUUUUUACAAUCGAGUCUGGUCGUUACGUCAUCAUUCCGCGUCAAAGGUUUUCUUGCUAUCAUCCUGCUUGUCAUCUCGAAUAUUUGCUUGGAUAAAACAAAUGUCAGCAGGGCCACACCAGCAGUGAAUGAGGUCUAGAGUUGUUACAGAGCAGACCUCCAUCUGGAGCCAGGAUGGGCCAGCAUCUUUCUGGCCAGGCAAUGACCAGACUGCCUGAGAAACUGAUCAAACAUGUGGGGCUAGUGCGUGACAGUGGCUACCUCAACUAUGACGAGUUCUUGGGUCGUGUGGCGGAGCUCAAUGAUGUAACUGCUAAACUAGCCUCUGGCCAAAAGAAACACCUUUUGUUUGAAGUGCAGCCUGGAUCUGAUUCAACUGCUUUAUGGAAGGUUGCUGUGAGAAUAGUGUGCACCAAGAUUAACAAGGAGAAUGGAAUGGUGGAGGCCUCCCGUAUUAUGAACCUGUACCAGUUUAUCCAGCUCUACAAAGACAUCACCAGUCAAGCAGCUGAAGUCUGGAGUUUAGAGGUGGCAGCAGAAGGAUCCUCAGGACCGCUGUCAUCAGAAGACACCUGCCAGGCCAGCAUGUGGAUGGGCAGGGUUAAACAGUUGACUGAUGAGGAAGAAUGCUGCAUCUGUAUGGAUGGGAAAGCAGACCUUAUUCUGCCCUGCGCACAUAGCUUCUGUCAGAAGUGUAUUGACAAGUGGAGCGGUCAGAGCCGAAACUGCCCCGUCUGCCGAAUUCAGGUGACUGCCGCUAAUGAAUCAUGGGUCAUGUCAGAUGCUCCCACGGAGGAAGAUAUAGCUGGGUACAUUCUCAAUCUUGCAGAUGAAGCCGGGCACCCACACAGACCUUAAAAUGAAGCACUGUGCCACUGUCAAACUCACUGUCUCCCCAUAACAGAUGACCUUCUUUAAAUACUUAUUUUAUUAGGGUGACUGGGUAUUUUUUGCACUAUAUAGUGUCAUUCACUGUAGGCAAUAACUGCUGAUUAUUUGACUUUUUGUUUUGGUCAUUUAUAACAUCUAGUCAAUUGACAGACUGGGAAUGCAUGUUGGUAAAUUCUAGACAACAUGUAGCUGUAAAACAUAAUUCCCUCGUUGCACUUGCCGUUUUAUCUUGUUUGUGAAGUAAUUGCACUUAAUCACGUUUGUUCUGUAAAGGCCUUGUAACACCUGAAAAAACAUCACAGUAUCAGCAUGUUCAACAGUUUAAUAGUAUUGUUGACACUAUAAUUCAGUCAAACAUGAUUUAGUAAUGUUGAUGUUGGUUUAUAAUCUAAGGUUUAACAAUAAUUACAGUGAUCCAUUUGACAUGAGAUCUUUAUCUGUGUAAGUUGGACCAAAUGCUAAUUAUAGGGCAUGACUCAGUUAUAUUACAUUCAUUACGAAAAAUAAUUGGAUCGUUCAAAUGGAUUAACAUUUGAGAAUGAACUAAUUUGCUUGUUUUCUUCUGAAGCUUAAUAGGUUGCAAAUGAAACCUUUAUUUUAUAGGGCAUCACUGACACUUUCAGUGGAGGUUGGUUACCUUUUAAUUUUAUUUUAUUUUUCAGUUUGAAAUCCUAGACUUUUCAUCUCGCACUUUUCUGUGUAUGAGAGAGACUGUGAAUUUGUGGGCUUAGGGGAGUCACUUGUAUUAUAAAAGAUAUGAUAAUGUAUAGCUCAAAUUUUCUACAUCUAUUUACAGUAUAUACAUAUAAAUUUGUGUGGCAGUUUAUGAUGAUUUAAUCCAGUUUAUCAAGAUCUACUAAUCUAGUUUAAAAAAAGUUAAUUUCUGCAAUAUUCUCACAGAUUUAUAGAGAUUGGACUGAAUGUUAAUAGUUUUAUCAGAUAAAAUAACAUUAUUAGCUGCUUCCUAGUGUUGUUUUGAUAGAGAUUUAUUUUACUUAUGGACUAAAUUGAGAUGUUUGAUGUUCUCAGUUCUGUCGUCUUGUGUAAAUCUUGAACAAUAAAGUAAAUUGAAUAUUU